UGGCGAUGACAUCUGAGAAAUUUCAGCAGAAAGUAUCUACAUUUAAAGUACGAUCUGACAAUCUGCACUGCACUGAGCACAGCCUGGUGUUUAUGUGUGAGUUACCGACCAGGGAGGGACCUCAGAUUGCUAGAGAACAAGAAGCUGUAGAAGUGAAACUCCCAGCCCAAUGCACUGUAGAGCAGCUUCGCCUGGUUCUUUGCAUGCGUGUACAGGAGACCAGGAAGUUCCAAGAUCCUUUCAGGCUGCUUGAUCCUGAAAAGUAUAGUCUACUCUAUACAAAGGAGGAUGAACAGUAUGAAAUUUAUGACGAAUGUCAAGUGCUGAAAACACUGGAUGCACCCUGGUUUCAAAACAGUGAGGGAUACCAAACAGUCCAGAUUACUGUUUUGGCAAAGCAGAAUAACCCAAAGGAGAGGAUGGAAUACCAGAAGAUCCUGAAUGAACUAAUUGGCUAUGAUUUCGAUUGUGGAGCAGGAAAUCGUUUAAGUGAACUAAGUUUUACCCGCAGAAAGUUUGCCACACCACGUAGGGCAGAAUUAAAACACCGAGAUUCUCUGGCUUAUGCCACAGAGCCCUGGACAACUUCUGCACCAAUUCCGAAAGACCAGCAAGAUCAACUCAAACGCAAACUACCAGUAAUUCUAAAUUAUGAUAAUAAAAGUGUACAUGUGAAAGCUGAUUUGUCAAAUACUCCCAGUGACCUUCUUAUGAUUCUGUGGGAAUCAAUGCCUUCAAAAGACCAGUGUUUUUUAAAAUGGUCAACUAAUUAUAUUCUUAAAGUCUGUGGCAGAGAGGAGUUCCUGUGCGGAGAUUUUCACCUUUCAGACUUUCUCUGGGUCCGACACUGCCUGAAAAAUGUGAAGCCGCUUCACCUCAAUGUGGUUGCCAUAGCCUCUCUUUCAGAUGAUGCAGUCAGAAAGGAAUACUGGCCACUGGUUGACAGUCUUACGGGUCUCUCUAGUUUGCAUGAAGAAAUCUCAUUCAAGGGAAAAGAAAUGGAAGAAAUUGUCCUGAUAUCCCUUUGGGAUUGUGAGAGGAAUUUUCGGGUGAAGCUCAUUGGGUUUGAUAUUCCAGAGUUGCCAAGCAAAAUCCCUCAAUAUAGUUAUGUAGAGGCUUCAAUUAUUUAUGGCAGUAAGGUGGUGUCAUCAGUUUGUUCCUCAUUCAUGGAGUUUGCAGAAGAGGUCCUGUGGAACACUUGGCUGGAGUUUAAAAUCCCUUUGAAAGAUAUCCCUCGUGGAGCUAAACUAGGCUUCACAAUUAAUGCCAGUUGCAUGGACACAUCCCCCACCAAAGAAUUCAAGUCCCCUUACCCUGGAUGCAAAGUUCCAGAUUACCAGAAAGGAAAGGGAAAAGUAUUAUAUUUUGUAAACCUACAAUUAAUUGACCACAGAUCUCUCCUAAGCCAAGGGUCUCACACCUUGCAUAUGUGGUCCUUUCCAGAACAGGAAGAAGAAGCAUUCACCUAUGAGGCAGAUAAACUCUCUACCGCCACCAACCCAGAUGUGGCCAAAUCCAUGGCAAUUACUUUUCUACUGGAUCGCUACAGUUUCUCCGUUGUGCUACCUCAUAGCAAGGGGUCAGACAACAUCACACCUUCUGCUGUAAUAUCUGCUUCAAGCAAUACAAGCUCACCUCUUCAUGUGACUGGAUCCAGCCAAACCUCACCAGGUUAUGCGGCAUUACAAGCAAACUCACUAGACAAACACUCCCUAAAAAGGUUUAGGGAAGAGAGUGUUCGUUAUGCUUCAAACCUUCCUCAGUUUCUCCGCACGGUAGAAUGGUUGAAGCCCAGUGCUGUCCAGGAUGUUCACUGGCUUCUGACUCACUGGGAACCAGAGGAUUUGGAACUUUCUGUUGCUUUGGAGCUCCUUAGUGUUGAUUACACUGAUGAAAAGGUACGAAGGUUGGCUGUUCAAAGAUUGGAGAUGAUGUCCAAUGAGGAGGUACUAAGAUACCUACUGCAGCUAGUACAGACCCUCAAGGUAGAACCCUACCAUGACAGCUAUCUGGCAAGAUUCCUAAUUCAAAGAGCACUCAGGAGCAAGCGAGUGGGACACUUCUUCUUUUGGUACUUGCGGAGUGAGGUGGCAGGCUGCCCAUUUUUCCGCCAGCGUAUGGCAGUCAUAUUGGAAGCCUACCUCCUUGGGUGUGGCGAGGCUAUGCUGACGAGCUUCCAGCGUCAGGUUCAAGUUGUCAAAAUUCUGCAUGAAGUGGCUAACAGGGUGAAAUCACUGUAUCCAGAAAAAAGCACGCUUUCUCCAUUGGCUGCUCAGAAACUUCAAGAAAUACUGCAGGAGUAUAAUUUCCCUCCUGAAUUCCAGGUGCCUUUUGAUCCAAGGGUCAGAGCAGGAUCCAUUAUUUUGAAGGAAUGUAAAGUAAUGGCUUCCAAAAAGAAGCCACUCUGGCUUGAGUUCUCCCAUGUGGAGUCAGAAGCAUCAGCUGGUUGUCCCGUGGGUAUCAUCUUCAAGCAAGGGGAUGACCUCAGACAGGACAUGCUCAUCAUUCAGACACUAAUGGUGAUGGAGUCAAUUUGGCAGGAAAAUUGCUUGGACCUCAACCUGAUGCCCUACGGCUGUAUCUCAACUGGAUAUCAAAUAGGUAUGAUUGAGAUUGUAAGAGAUGCUGUUACCAUUGCUGCUAUUCAAAGGAUUCAAGGUGGGACAACAGGAGCCUUCAAAAAUAAUGCUUUAUUUGAGUGGCUCAAGGGAAUGUGUUCUCUUCAGGAGAAGCACUAUCAAGCAAUGGAGAAAUUUGUCACAUCAUGUGCUGGUUACUGUGUGGCCACAUACGUGUUGGGCAUUGGUGACCGUCACAAUGACAAUAUAAUGAUAACAAACCAAGGGAAUCUGUUCCACAUUGAUUUUGGCCACAUCCUGGGCAACACCAAGAGCUUCUUGGGUGUGAGCAGAGAGAGGGUCCCCUUUGUCCUCACUCCAGACUUUCUGUAUGUUAUGGGUAGAGUGAAUAAACAAUCAAGCCUCUAUUUCCAGCGAUUUAAGGACACGUGUAUACAGGCCUACAUGUCUCUGCGUGCUCAGUCACACCUGCUGAUCACCCUCUUCUCCCUCAUGCUGCUGACGGGAAUCCCCGAGCUCAACACAUCACAGGACAUGCGCUACCUUCGUAAUGCACUACAGCAAGGCCAAAAUGAGGAAGAGGCACGACAGCACUUUCUGCAGCAGAUUGCUUUAUGUGAGCAGAAGGGCUGGACUGUUCAAGCUAACUGGUGGAUCCACAUGAUGGCUGGCAUUAAGUGACCUGAAGGAGCUAGUCAUGACCUUUUGAUGUCUGAUUUGUUUUGUUUGAUUGUAUUUGCAUUCCAUAAUACAAUUAUCGAUCGUGUUGUUUAAUAUGCCAUGCGCAAAUGACUUGAUAAAUAGCACUAAUGAAUAAACAUGUGUGUAUAUACAACUAAUUCUAGAUAUUUUCAGAAUAGAACAAUAUAAAAAUAUCUUUAUCUUUAGCUGAUAUUUACCAUGACAUCAGCCUCACAUGAAUCUUAUUGUCCAUAUAGUACUAACUGUAUGUACUCUUUCAGGCUUGUGCUAUUAUAGCAACCAGCAUCUGUUGUAGAAUUGUAAAAGUGGU